CGUGGACCACGGAUUUCAGUACCUGCCCCCAGGCCGUGUUCUAGCCGGCGACGGCCUCCACCCAAGUUUUGAAGGCGUCGCACUCAUGGCCAGCCAUAUCCGUGAACUUAUCUUCACACACACUGACAACGAUGUAUCACUGUGGCGUGAUUUCGCAUCGUGUGUCCUCCACAGCGGUGCCGCCCAGAUUUCUCCUAGAACGUGCUCCGCUCAGCCUUCCCCAGACGUCGACCACUGGCCUCCAGUCUUGAACCACCGCGACCUUCCCGGUGCCAGCCGUACUUCUUCUAGAACGCGCUACCGUCAACCCUUAGCAGACGCCAACAAGGACCUUUCAGUCUCAAGCCAUCGCAACCUUCGGGGUUCCAGCCGUACCUCUCCAAGAGCAGCCAUGAACGGGCCCGUCGUGCUCGGUCUGAUCCUGAAGACGCUGUUCUCCUCCUUGGCGUACGACGUGGAGCGUCCCACCAAGCUGGGCCCAGUGGGCGGCCGCAGGAUACAGGUGCUAGGAACCACGAUCGAGGAGUACCGGGGCAUUCCGUACGCCGAGCCACCCUUGGGAGAGCUCCGUUUCAAGCCGCCAGUGCCCGCACAGGCCUGGGAUGGGACUCUGGACGCGAGCAGUCUUCGCACGGGCUGUCCGCAGGGGCAUGCGCGGGACGGUCUAAUGGGCGGCGACAUCGAGUACGGCGAGGAUUGCCUGCACCUAAAUAUCUGGACAGCGGAGGGGCACCGCAAGCGCCCCGUGCUGGUCUGGAUCCACGGCGGAGGGUUCAACUACGGCUCGGCCUCGUACGAUAACUACACGGGCGCAGCAAUCGCCGCCAAGACGGGACUGGUAGUGGCCUCGCUCAACUACCGCCUCGGAGUGCUGGGAUUCCUCAACGCCGACACGCCCGAGGCACCGGGCAACGUGGGAUUUCUCGACCAGAACCUUGCUCUCAAGUGGAUCAAGAAGAACAUCCGCAACUUCGGCGGGGACCCAUCGCGCAUCACUCUGAUGGGCGAGAGCGCAGGGGCCAUGAGCGUGCACGCGCAUCUGCUGUCGCCGAUGAGCCGCGGUCUGUUCCACCGGGCCGUGACCAUGAGCGGCGCCAUGGGUACGCCAGACUUUAGCGAUCCGGUUCACCGAAGCGUCUCCAAAGGUGAUGCCGUGGCCGCCAUCGUAGGCUGCCGCUCGGCCGACGUCACUCUCGACUCGCAACCGGACUCGGUCAUCGACUGCUUGAGAAACAAGUCCGCCGACGAGUUGGUGGUGGCUUCGUCCGAGGCGGUUCCGGGCAAGUUCUUCGCCUUCCUGCCCACCUACCAUGACCAGUUCUUGCCCAAGGUCCCCGCUGUGGCUGUGCGCAAGGGAUUUUUUGAGGCCCGCGUGGACCUGCUCACCGGCGUCACCUCUGACGAGGGCGUCACGUCUCUCGUCUGGCCACGGCCUUGGCCCGAACUGCUCUCGGAGAAGCUCGACAACAUGGACCGUGAAACACUCAGGAGCUCAAUCACUCAGGUGAUAAGUUCUUGGAUGAGCGACGAUGCGGCCGAUCUGCUGGACCAAUACGCAGACCGUUCGACGGACCAGGUUGGGCUCCGACGCCAGCUGUUGGACUACCUGAGCGAGCGGCUGUUCGUGUGCCCUAUGCACGUGGCUGCGGCUGCUCACGCGGCACGAGGCGGUGCCGUGUACUCGUACGUGUUCGACCAGUGGUCGUCCUCGCGUCCCUCAUUCAGCUGGGCUGGCGUCGGCCACGGCAUGGACCUGGUGUACACGUUUGGUCUGCCUCUCCUCCGCCCGGAGCACUUUUCUGACCGGGACCGGAAGGCGUCCGAAAACUUGAUCUCCAUGAUCGCCACUUUUGCCGAGAGAGGGGUACCAGAGUAUCCAGGGAGCCCCCCGUGGCCAAAGUACUCGUCUGACUCACCAGUAUCGCUUCAUCUGACGCACAACAACGUCACCGAAGUGUUCGGCUUUAGAUCGGAGAACUGUGCCCUCUUCAGUCAGUACUUUUGAAGUCACAAAGCCACCCCACUUCCACGCCAGUAGGACGAAGGUUCCCCGCUCACAUGGGACAGAUCGCGGGCGCCCCGUCCAAACACUUGCGGGCUUUGCUCAGACUUUGCCAGCUUAAAACACAUGCUCUGGCUGUGCCCCGCGUUACGUCGUCCAAGUGGGAUGCUGCGCUACGCAGACUGGAUUUGGAAGCACAACUAUGGGCAGUCCAAUGGGCCCGCGACGUGGCAGAAAGGCUAGACCUAUCUGUCCCGACGUGGGAUUGGCCCACUACGGGCUAGUUCACGCCCCGAAGGACCUAAAUAAAGUUUUUCUAUUCCAUG